CUAUACCAUAAUAGCAGUAAGUAGUAGGCAAUAAUUUAGACUAGAUCUAAAAGAUUGUUUGCGGGUAUUUGCAAGGAUACUUAUUUAUAAGUUAUUUUAAAUAUCCAAGUUAAAAGAUAAAACCAUUUCUUCAAUAUCGAUUAGAUUUUGAUGGCGCAUUCUAGUGCAUUGAAGUGUGUUCUCCGCCGUGCCUCUUAUUCGUGUUUUGGUGGUGUUGCUAGACGUGGAGUUGAUGUGGCAAACCAAACAAGAUGCUCAAUUUUAUCGCCGCAUCAUUACAAGGUAUUUAUUUUCUCUCAUUGGAAACUGUGAACCAACCAAUUAAUUAAUUAUUUACCCGUUGAAAUUUCAUGAAUGAUUGGAUGCUAGUAAUAAAAAUAAAAUAGCACGCAAAUAAACAACGCUAAGAAAAUGCUUGUUUGUGUGGUGUAGACAGACGUUUUUAAUUGUUUAUCAAGUGUUGACAAAUAUUUUGUCAUUUAUUAACAACCUUGGUGUAUCUCUAGCUUUUGCAUUUGACAAUUUAUUUGCAAAAUAUGUUUAUUUUCAAACGGGUGGGGUGGUAGAGAAAAAAAAACAACACUAUUACUAAUUACUAUUUAAUUUUCUACUUGAAACCAACCAUGAAGGUGAAGGUUGGCAAACAUAAACUUGAACUCCAAGGUUAAGAUCAGUUGUGCGCAUUCGCUUAUAACUUUAGGUGACCAAAUAAUUAUAAAGUUUAAGAUAGUUUCAAACAAUAACAAACAUUACUAGAAAGGAAAUAACAAAUAAAAAUAAAAAAAUAAAACAAUAAUGUAAUGUAUGAGUAUGAAUGUUUACUAAUUACUUUUAAUAAUUAAUUUUAUGAUUUUAUUAUAAUUAUAGCAAAUAUCAAAUAGCCUUCACAUUUUGUCUAAAAAUAAAAUUAAAUGUCACAUUAUACUAUACUAUACUUAAAAUAAAUAAAUUCUUUAUACUUCUGCAAUAUAAAGUCUUUAUAAUUUAAUUUAAAGGAUAGUCUGAUAAGCUAGAUCAAAACUCUACAUUUUUGCCAUUUUUGGUCUACAAUAUUUAAUACUUUUUUUGUCUAAAAGUAAAAGAUCAAUCAUCAAUGGCAGUAAUCAGUCAUGACUGUUAAUGUCUUUUAGCGAUGAAUGUAUUUUUAAUAAUAAUAUUUUACAUCACUACCUAACUGCUGCACAUUUGAUCAGGCUAUUUCUCUACCAGCUGUACCAUUGUCCCAGCAUAGGGGCCAUCCAUAAAUGAAAAUGACAUCAGGGAUUCUUAGAUUUUUUGCAGUGCUGCAUCCCCUCUCAACUUCUAAACCGUUCCCACCCCACCACCAACCCUUCGCUGUAUAAAAUAAAUAGUAACGUUGUAACCAUAGUAAAAUUUUAAAAUGAAAAUAAUUAAAUUAUUUAAUUUUUGUCAGUUCUAGUUACAAAAAAUAUAUUACCAAUACCAUUCACCAGAAAUAUUUUUUUACUGCUGGCAGAAACAACUAGCAAAGGCAGAAACAACUAGCAGUAGCAGCAAAUAAAAUAUAUAGUUUUUCGCACUUUCACCCUUGUUUAAGAACCACUGUUCUAGGGAAAUGUUUCUAACACAGGUGCUGUAAUACCAUAUCUAUGGGAGGUGAUUUUUGUAAGGGUUUGGGAAGGAAAGUUGGGGACAGAUGGAUUUUUUAUGGGGAGUGGGUGUGUGCAAAGGUUUGUGACGUUAUAUUGGGGGGUGGGGUCGUCUAACUUUUUGUGAAGAUUUGUAAUGAUUGGGAAGGGGGGAGGUAAGAAAUCUGCAAAAUUUGCGUCCCAUACUGCCCAUCCACUGACUUUGAUGACAAUUUACAACAUUUAAAACAAAAGUGAUUGUUAUAGAAUUAUAAAAUAUAUUGCAAUUUUAGCCAUUAUCAUUAUUAUGCUAUGGUUUUGACAUUAACUUAGUUUUUAAUUUAUGCAUUGUGAUUUCAGUAGUGAAUGCUACAUCACAUAAAUUAUUAAUAUUAAAGAAAACUUCCUCUGCACAACAGGUUCAGUUUUCAACAAGUGCCUCCAUCAAUGUCAAGUUUUGCUCUACAGUUGAUGAGGCCCUUGAUGGUAUUAGAGAUGGGGACAAGUUGCUUUUGGGGGGUGAGUGCAAUGUUUUUUUAGAGAAAAAAUGUUUGAAUUAGGUUUGUAAAAAAAUUAAAAAUUAAUAAAUAUUUUGGAAUUUUUAAUAAAUUAAAAAAUCCAACUUUACCCCAAGACGCUAGGGGAAAUAUUCAUACAAACAAACCCAACAAUAGAUUCUUCUUCACUCUACUAGACAUGAUGUGGUUGUCUCUAGGUUUCAAAUAUUUCUGUAGGUUUUAUCUUAAAAUAUUAUUCUGGUAACAUAAUAUUAUUAUUAAAGUCGAUUUAUAUAGCACAGUACCCUAGCCUAGGUUAAUCGUGAUUCACAUAAGAAUUAGCCAAAAGAAAAAAAGAAACAUGGCAUUAAAAAACAGUGACAUAUAAUUAUUCAUUUAAAAACAGGCUUGUAAAAAUAUUGACCUCACCCACCCAAGUACUAUUUACCCCUGCUUAGCCAUGGACACACCCAGCAGCAUCAAGCAUUGUUUACUGGUGGGGGGUGGGGGGGUUGUUGAGAAUGAGUCGGAAUAGUAGAGGUUGAAGAGAUGUGUAUUGAGUGCAUAAGCCUUAAGCCGGCUAGUGGUCUGUUGCUUGUGUUAAGCGGGUUUGCAAAAUAUUUUCAGUGCUCAUCUUAAUAAUACAGCCACACUCAGCUAUUAUAAAAAAUAUAUUGCGUUUCCAUUAUUUAAUUAUUCCUUCUUUUGUUUUCAGCUACAGGAUCAUUAUAAAAUCUUUGCCUAAUUUGUAUUGUGUUGCAGGAUUUGGUUUGUGUGGAAUUCCAGAUAACUUGAUAAAGGGUCUGCUAGCAAAAGGGACAAAAGAUCUGGUAAUAGUCAGUAACACAGCUGGGACUAGUGAUUUUGGAAUAGGCCUGUUACUCAAAGCACGAAGGGUACAUAUAAUUCAUACUUUCAUAUCAAAAAGGCUGAAUUGUUUACUAAACAGUGUCUAAACUGUACUCCUGAGAUUACAUUUCAUAUAUUAUUUUACAUCAAAUAACUUAUCAAAACAAUACACAUAGUGAUAUCAAGUGAGUCAUGUACCUUAGCUUUAGCCUUCCAGAAGAAUAAUUCAUCACAGUGAAAACCUUGCUAGUAAAUGUUAGUAAAACAAAGGCAUUUCAACAUCACUGCUAAAUUUUCUGAUUAUUAUACAUAUUGGAAUGUGUACAGUGAGCCCACUGUUACUUUUUUGUAACUUUAACUGUACCUAAAUAUAAAAGGUUAAAUGCAAACCAAUCUUACUUUGGAAAGUGGGCACUGCUCACCUUUUUUUGAUUGAUUUGUUUUUUCAGUUUUUCUUAAUUUAUCUAGAUUAUAAACAUUAACAUUUUGUCACAUUUUAAUUUUUAAAAAUAAAUAAAAAUGUUUGAAUUGCCUGUUCAAAAGAAAAAAAUUAGCCCCCAGAUAGGGCUGAUUUAUAUGUAUUAAUUGAAUAUUAAUACUUUCUAAAUGCUUUAUAUGUGGAGUGACUGAGAUUUUCAGGUUUAUCCAACCUAUCUUAAGUAGCGUUAUCUUAAGUUAAGCAUCCAAAAAAUAAUUGCUUAUUUAGUUUCAAUUGAAAAAAAUGAAAUGCACAAAUUUGUUUGACUGCAAAAAACUGUUCGAACAUUAUAAAAUUCAUCCAUAAUUUUACUACCGCUGCAGGUGAAGCGAAUGAUAGCUUCCUAUGUUGGUGAAAACUCUGAGUUUGAGCAUCAAUAUUUAAGUGGAGAACUAGAGGUGGAGCUCACACCACAGGUAAAAGAUGAAAAGCUGAAAAUUAAAAAAAAAACUAUUAAAAAUAGUUAUGAGUGAUUGAAAAGAGAAUCAUUGAAUAUCAAAAUGUUCUAUAUUAAUUCAUCAUCAUCAUAUCCCUUAGUCUUUGGACUCUUGGGGCACCAAAGAUGACAUGAAAACUAUCCCCGUCCAUUCCUCUCAGUUUUCUGCACUUUGCUCAGCAUCGCCUAGCUUUAGCGCGUCCAAUCUUUGAUGUUAUUUUCCCAUCUUUUUCUCUGUCUUCCUCUUCUUCUCCCUCCUCUCGUUGUGCCCUGCAUGAUUUCUUUGGUGAGCCUUGUUUUCUUUUCACAUGGCCAUAUAUUAAUUAGGCUGACUAAAUAGACAGAAACCUAUUCAAGUUCAAAUCUGUUUUGUGAUCUAGAGGUAAUUAUCACUUUGAUAUUUUUUGUAUAGGGUACUCUUGCUGAGAAGAUUCGUGCAGGUGGUGCAGGUAUCACAGCAUUUUUUACUCCCACAGGAUAUGGGUCUUUAGUGCACUUGGGUGGUGAACCCAUCAGAUUUUCACCUGAUGGAUCAAUACUUGAAGGCAGUAAGCCAAAGGAGGUAUUUUUUUUUUUUUUUAAAUGUGUUGAUAUUGAGGAAAAUAGAUUGCUCUAUCAAAAGCAAUAAAUAUUUAUUUUUUUUUUAAAAUAUUUUUUUUAAAAAUUAAAACUUUCCCUGUUGAAAGUAAAAUUAUUUGAAAUGAUUUCAUCAGAUUAAACUUCUUAAUAAUUUUAAGAUCAUGAACUCUCUAAUAAAUAAAUAGGGGUUGCCUUAUUUACUCUUUAGGGUCGGGUUAUAAAUGGAGUUGAAUGUAUUUUGGAAGAGGCCAUCACAGGGGAUUUUGCACUAGUUAAAGCCUGGAAAGCAGAUAAAGCAGGAAACUUAAUAUUUAGGUAAACUAUGGCUAAUUACUACUUAAUAAUUUUAGUACCAUUUUUAAAAAUGUAUUUAUCUUUUCUUAUUUCAGUAUAACUUAUGAAAUAUUCUAAUUUUUGGGAUGAUCGUCAUUUAUUCCUUUUACAUCAGGCGUUCGGCAAUUAAUUUUAACCCUCCCAUGUGCAAGGCUGGCAACAUCACUAUAGCAGAAGUUGAAGAAAUAGUUGAAGUUGAGGAAAUUGAGCCUGAGAAUAUUCAUGUCCCUCACAUUUAUGUACAGAGAGUUUACAAAGCACCUCAUUCAGAGAAACGAAUAGAGGUAGAUUAAUUUUACAAGUAAUACUUAAAUGCUAAUUGACUGAUCAAUAAUUUUGCUGAAAGUUAGAAUAAAUUAAUUUCUUCCAAAUAUUGUAACAAUUUGUAGUUAAUUUAUUUAUUUAAAACUUCUAAAAACAUAAAUAGCUUUAUUUAACAUUUUAGUUGUGAAGAUACUUUGAAAAAAGAAAAAGAAAGAUAAUGCAAUGCUUCACUUUUAAUGUCUUUUUUUUUUUUUCAAAUUCAUGUUAACUUUUCUGGUUUGUCACUACUCAUUUCGAAUUAAUAUUAAGGCAUUAUAUUUGAAGAAGCAAUUUCUUUAGAUGUUUUAACUUUAUGGUACAGGUCUGUAAAAGGUGAACUAGCUUUCACUGUUUUUUUUUACCAUAGCUUGCUGUUUUAACAUAGUGUUCCUGAAUAUAGACAUGAACACUAUCUUCUUUUCUCUGACUGGAAACAUUUUUUAUUGCAUUGACCUUGUGUGUUAUAAUAGUAAUAUAUGUAAAAAAAAAUCCUUAAAACUUUUGAAUGAAAAGAAAUUGCCUUGUCAUAUUUCUUGUUUUUGAAACUUUUCCUUUGGAUUAUUUUUUUAUCUCUUUAUUGAAAAUAUAUGUUCUCUUUGCCAUUUCUUUACAGAAACUCCGAUAUAUAGAGCAGAAAGAGGAAGGUCAACUAGAAGAUCCAGGCUACAAGAUAAGGGAGAAAAUAAUUAAACGAGCUGCCUGUGAAUUUGAAGAUGGGAUGUAUUGUAUUCUUUUUAAAAAAAAUUAAAUCACCUACUGCAUCAUUGAAAGCCUAACUAUAAUGCUUUUAUAUAUGUUAAAAUUAAUUUUUUUCUAAGACCAACAUGUCUUGACCUUAACUUGAUCUCAGUGAAUCUCGGCAUUGGCAUACCUGUGUUGGCCAGCAACUUUGUAAAGCCAGGGAUCCACGUGCACCUACAGAGUGAGAAUGGUAUUUUAGGUCUAGUAAGUAUUUCAAGUUUCAUUUAUUGGUUUAAAUGUAAAAAUGGAAUACUUUUUUUUAUCAUCAUGCAGUCAGUAGUGGGGGUAUGCUCAGAAACAUAGGGCUGAAGAAUUCUGACAACCUGUGGUUAAAACCUGGACAAAUCGAACUAUUUCCACAUUAUUCCACCACCCAUCUGUCAAGUAAACAGAAUUAACUGCCUUUUGAGUGAGUUGGGAAAGUCAAAAGCUUUUGUAGGAAAACCUGAGAGAGAAAAACCUUGGUGCGGAUCCUAACCAAAUAAAAGAAAUAUCAAGGUGAGGUUGGAUUUACUGCAGCUAUCAUGACUAAAGCAUGGUACAAAGGAAAACUGCUUUAAAAUAUCAGUUAAAAUACAUGACAUUAACAGAGACCAAAAUUCUAAAACUCUUAAUGUAAUUUCUUUAUGCAAAAUGUCCUCUAUUUGUAGGGUCCAUUCCCACACCAUGGAAAGGAAGAUCCAGAUCUGAUCAACGCAGGCAAGGAAACUGUGACUUACCUCCCUGGGGGUUCUUUCUUUGGUUCAGAUGAAUCUUUUGCAAUGAUCCGUGGGUAAAGAACUUUGAAAUACUUUUUUUUUUUGCAUUGUAUUAACUUGCAAACUUCUGAUUUGAAUUUAAUUUUUUGUGGUUUUGGUUAGCUGUAUUUUUAAAUCCUUUAUAUUAACUUAGCUUUUGUUCAUGACUGGCUGGGUGGCAGACUACCAAUCUUCAAACAGCUAAUUGACCCACUUCCCAUCAAUCCAUCAAGCUGAAACUUGGCACAUAGACUCAUUAUCAAUGACAACACAUUCUAUCAAAUGGGAGGGGUGGGGGGGGGGGAGAAGGGGGAAGAGCAUUAAUUGGAAUUCUUAUAAAGUGCUUUAGUUGUAUGCACGUUUUGUCAAAUUUUCAGCCCCACCCCCCAUUGCUCGAUAUUAUAUUUUAUCAAGGAUUUAAAGCAAAAACUUUGUUUUCAGGGGUUGUUUAAUUUGUGUUUAUUGCAAACUUUUGGUUAUAUUGCAGUUUGUAGUAUGACUGGGAGAUUCCUAUUGAAACAAUACUAUUAAAUAAGAAUCUGUCCCAUCUCACCAACUUAGUAUGUAUUAUAAUAAAUUAUACUUACUCUAACAGAAUCAAAAUAUUAUUCAAAGUGCACAAAGUUUCCCCAACAGUGACAACUGCAAUCCUGAGACUCUUACGGCAAUCAUUGCUGCCUCCUUUUUCUCACGGCUAACAGUAAUAACUUUUGUUGCCAUCAUUUGAUCAUGUCACUAUAUUAUCAAUCAAAGCACAAGAAAAUCCAUACACCAGUGAACUCAGUGGAAACUUAUUUGAACAGAGAUUGCCUUUUUUUUUUAAAGCUGGAAGACAGCUUUCUGCAUUUAUUGUCUUAAUUUAGAGGGCAUGUUUAUAUGAUUAUUUUAUUAUUUCAGAGGGCAUCUGUCUAUGACUAUUUUGGGAGCUAUGCAAGUUUCUCAGUUUGGAGAUCUGGCCAAUUGGAUGAUUCCAGUAAGCAAUCUCAUAUAUAUAUAUGUUGCUUCUGGUGUGUCCUGCUUCUUUUUCGAAAGGGCCCUACCUCCAACUCCACGUGCUCUACAUUAAUUGUACUGAGUGAAUAAAAAAAAUUUUUGGUAUAGGACUCUUUUUAGGACUGUCUAUUGUUUAAAGGCCAGCAGAUAAGGUGUAGGACUGUCUGUAGGCCUAUUGUUUAAAGCCGGCAAAUAUUAUAGAAAAAGAAGUUAACUCUUUUUUUGUAACAUUUGGACCCACCGAGUAUUUCCUCAAAACACUCAGACCCGGUGUUAAAAAAAAUCUGUACCCAGUUAAUAUUAAACUGGAACAAACUCUAGUUUUUAAGUUUAUUUAGCAAUGAAAAUUAAAUUUUGCAUUUUUUUUUAACAUUAAGUUUUAUAGUACAAGACUUUGUUUAAUGGUUCAACUUAUUACAAAAUUUGAAGGUCUUUGAUAUAUGAUGCGAACUGAUCUAAUUAUUUGGUCUUUAAAUGUACAAUAGGGGGAACCUUCAUUUUAAAAAACUUGAUGUGAAAUGAAAUUAUUUGUAGAGAUCUUGUUUAUGCAUCAUCCCACAGGUUACACUAACAAAACAGCUUUUAACACUUCCAUCACCACAACCAACCAACAGGGUCUUAAAAAAAUUGUCCAAGAAGAAUAGAGGCCCUUGCACUCUGAGGAUUCAUUUUUUCCAUUAUAGAAAAACUUUAUAAUUACAGGGCAAGAAAGUAAAAGGCAUGGGAGGUGCUAUGGACUUGGUCUCUAACCCAAAGACACGAGUUGUUGUCACAAUGGAACACACUUCAAAGGUAAACAUAAUGUGAACAUUCAAUAGUGGGAGAUUGUGAGUUUUAAUAUAACUGUGGGAAAUCUGAUCUGGCUGCAGCACUUUCAACUCCAUAAAAGCUUUUCAGUGGAGCACGGGGGGCAUGUUUAAUUUACCAAAUAUAUUCGUGUAUAGGUCACACUUUUUCAACAACAAAAAUUUGAUAAAAAUCAGGAAUACCAACCUAUCUACUCGACAUCACAGGGAUCUGAAGUAGACAGCAGCAUAUUGGUAAAUCAAGCAUUGUAGUAUGGGCUCAAGCAUAAGCGAGAGCUUGGGGGAAAACAAAUUUUCCGGCCAGGAAAAUGUACGUUAGGAAAUGGCGUCACACGCUGUUGAGCUAGCACAUACGCUCUUUAUGCCCUCCCCAAAGCACCCCCAGCCCGUUAUCUACUUGUCAGGACAGCCCCCUCAAAAGCUCACUCAGUUGAGUACCAAUGGUGGCCACCCUAGCCCAAGGACAUUUGGUCGGCCGGUGACACUGCUCUCACAGAAUAGUUGACUUUCCCAGGAGUCGAGAUAGUGUAUUUAUAUCCUAAAAUCUUCCCCCACCCAUCCUGGGGAAGCGUCAGGUGCCCUCUUAUAGCGAUUUCUACAGUGGGUUUCUACCUCGCAACUAAUUUACAAGGCAUCUGGGAAGAAAUAUUUGCCUAGGAACAGCUACCUCAAAUGCUGUGUAAAUAGAAUCAUUGGCAUGAGGUUGUUACACCAACUUCACCUCAUAUCCUUCAAUGGCAAUAUGUAAUCAUGAUCCCUACCCUGUUUCUGCAGAUUUUCCACAGCUGUUAGCCCUGUAGAAGCUACUAUUUUUGGCAGAUACCAUGCAUGUCCCUUGUCUGCCAACACAUGCUCAUGCAAUGGUGGUUUCGUUCCCCGGGUAGCGCCAGGGGGUCAGUAGCAGGGCCUCUUUAAUCAGCAAGCGACUACAGAGUUGUCAUCCAGAGUCCCAGCUAUGAAAUAUUUUGAUUUAUUUAUCACAUAUAAAAUAUACUAAUGAAAUAUGUUUUCAUUUAAUCAUAAUUUAUCACAACAUCAGAAAGGAAAGCCAAAGAUCCUAAAAGAGUGCACUUUUCCUUUGACUGCCCAGAAAUGUGUGGACAUGAUUAUCACAAACAUGGUAAACUGCAUAUCUGAAAGAUAGAUUUUAUUGCUUUUUUAUUUACUCAGUAACAAUUUUAUUCAUUUUUUAUAUUAUGGUAUUGUUAAAAUCAGCUUAGGCUUUGACUAGAUGAACUUUGUUUUUAAUUCAGAGUUUGUUUGAAGCACUGCGGCCAUAUUUUUCCAUUCGUCAAGUUAUUAUUAAACUAAAUUAAAUUUAAAAAUGGCCAUUUAUGUUUUAAAUCAGUUACGCAUAACAUAUUCUAAAUAAUUCAUAUGGCUCGUUUAAAUGCUAAUUUUGUAAUGAUCUGUGCACCAGUUAAAAAUUGUCAUCCUUCAUUAACUUCACUCUAGGGAGUGUUCAGCGUUAAUUCCAAACGAGGGCUGACACUUAUUGAAAUAGCAGACGAUGUUACAAUGGAUGAAUUAAAAGCUAAAACGGGAUGUGAUUUUAAGGUAGGUCUACUUUGUAACUUGUUGGUGAUAAAAAAAAUUCUUGGCUAUAGAAGAAUGUUGUGAUAUUUAUAUUUAAUCAUUUUGAACAUUCUCUUAUCUACAAAACUUUAUAGCAAAUAUUUUUUUAAUUUAAAAUUGCAAUAAUCUCUUUGUUUUUCAGGUUUCACCAGACCUUAAACCCAUGCAAAGUGUUGAGGAUUUAUAUGCCUUAGAAAAUGUGUAAAGUUUGCUCAAGUUUACAAAAAGAUAUUUAAAUUUAGUUCAUGUACCGGCGUACCAUACGAGAACUAUUCACAACCAUAUCUAAGCAUAGCUAUAAAGUUCAAAGUUUUUUUCUACUUUUCUGUCCCAUUAAAAACUCAGGAGUGAAGCAUUCUGGGGAAAUCUUUUUAUUUUGUCUGCUUCAAAUUUCUAGGUUUAAGUGUUUAUUUUUCAGCUCACAAUUUUUAUUUCUGUCCCGAGUCAUGGACAGGUUGAGUUGCUUAUUUGAUGAAAUUAAAUUCAUGAAUUAGUUUAAGUGAUUUCCACAAUUACUCAAAAUUUUUUUUAGAACAAUUUCAAAACUGUCAUUUUUAAUGACAUUCAAUAUUAAUUCAGUUAAUAAUUGACAAUGUUAGUUACUGUUAAUAUGAAUUCCUUGGAACAAAAACUGGCUUAACCCUGUUAGAUGUUAAUUACAAUUUCAAAAAAUUAAUUUACCCACUUCAAAUUGGAAACUAGAGUAACAUAUCAGGCCAACUUAAUAUCAGUGAUAUUUGAAUACACCAUUAAAAGACAGAUAAUGCACAGCCAUUAUCAAUGGGGAAAUUUAAAUCUCUGGAUAAAGUAUUACUGUGAUGAGAGGAGACAAUUUAUUAUACAAAUGUCAAUUAUUUUAAACAUAAUGUUCUGUUGCAUACCAAUUUUAAAGAGAACAAAAUGGACAAAAAUAUUGUUCAACCUUCAUGGCCUUGCAUUUUACAGAAUUAGAGAGUUCUUAAUGAUUUAAAUAGAUUGAGCUAGUAAUAUUUUAUAUGACUAUCUUAAAUAGAAAUUGUAAUGGAAAACAUCCAAUCUGCAAUAUGUCAUUUUAUUAUUUUGCAAUAAUUAGAGAUCUAAUAGUUUAAAAAGAUUAUGGAGGUAUAAAUAAAAAGAUUAUGGAGGUAUAAAGACUCCAUCACAGAGAUAUCCUGGCUGACUCUGUCACAAAUGACUGGGGCGGGGGUACAGGACAGAGCUCCAUUGUUGUUGAGGUAACUUAUAGGAUGGAAGGAAACUGCUGUUAAUGGGGUUAAGUUAAGGUUAAUAGACUC